CUUCAGCCAAAGUAAUUGUAAAUGACGACGUUAAAGUUAUUUCGACUCAACUAUGGAGACAUACACUCGCACCAAGCGCUUACUUCUUUGAUACCUCUGAAGUUCCUGACCUGACAGAUGUCCAACAUUUUGCAACGAUUUUUAAAUCGUAUCCACCUUCUCAAUUUUUUCGGUAUCAAAGCCUUUGUCAGUAAAACAACGGGCCGAUAUAUUGAAGUUAAUCCCAGACCUAAAAUUAUGGACCAUUUUGCUUGCUUCCCAAGGUGUAUUCUACGAAACUAAUAAAAUUCGUCUUCUACCUUGCAAAGCAGUUGAGG